AUGUCGAUAAUUUCGACAUGGCUCCAAACCGAAAUCGUGACUUCCCUUGGCCAUCAAUUUGCAGCCGAUCGGGUCAUUGGCACAUGCAUCGAGAACGAGAGAUACGCUCUUCUUGAGUUCAAAGCCGGUUUUCUAGACUCCGAUGUCCAUCUCUCUACUUGGAGAGCUCAAGACGAUUGUUGCAAGUGGCGCGGAGUCGAGUGCAACAACCAAACUGGCCAUGUCACUAAGCUUGACCUUCGAUAUUUUGAUGCUAGUCUUAGAGGUGAGAUAAGUCCUUCGUUGCUCAACUUAAGCUACUUAAGUCACCUGGAUCUUGGUCACAGAGAUUAUGGACGACAACCAAUUCCAAACUUCAUUGGCUCAUUGACCAAAUUAAGGUACCUUGACCUUUCCUAUAGCACUUUUGAUGGUAACAUUCCCAAGUUCAUUGGUUCCUUGACUGAAUUAAGGUACCUUAACCUUUCAUAUAAUUCUCUUAAAGGAACCAUCCCCAAAGUCAUUGGUUCCUUGACCAAAUUAAGGUACCUUGAUCUUUCCCGGAAUUUUGUUCAUGGAACUGUUCCUUAUGAACUCGGGAACCUCACGAAUUUGCGUUAUCUUAAUCUAGCUAACGCAGGAAGCGUUAAGAACCUAGAUUGGUUGUCUAAUCUUGCUCUUUUGCAACGUUUAGACAUGCGUGAAACUCCCUUCACCGAACCAAAUCAUUGGGUGGAUAUGAUUCUAAGGCUUCCAAAAUUAUCAUAUUUACUUUUGAGCAACUGUAACCUCUCACAAGUCACGCUUCCAUAUUCUUCUUUCGUCAACUCUUCUGUGUCGAUUGCUAAUCUUGAUGUUUCCGACAACAAUCUCACUUCAUCUGCGUAUCAGUGGUUAUUGCCUUUAACUAGCAAUCGACUUCUCCAUCUUGAUCUAUCUGGAAAUCGGUUAGAUGGGAUACCCAAAUAUUUUGGAAACCUUUGCAGUUUGACAUCUCUAGUUAUGAAAGUAAACCGCAUGGUUGCAAGCUUUCCAGGUCUUCUGACCAACUUAUCUGGGUGCACACCGAUUACUUUAGAAGAGUUGGAUGUUUACUAUAGUCGAUUUACGGGGCCAGUACCAAGUAGAAUCCAAGACUUUGUGUCUUUGAAGAGCUUAGUUCUAGCCAAUAAUCAGUUGAAUGGAACUAUAAGUUCAAAGGUGUGGGAACUACCUAAGCUUGAAUAUUUGAGUGCUUCUUCCAAUUAUCUUAGAGGUGUUAUACCUGAAGAGUUUGGGAAGUCAAAGCUUCGGUAUAUCGAUCUUUCAAAAAACGCACUUGAAGGUGUUCUAUCUGAAGUUCACAUGUUAGACCUUUCUAAUCUAGAACAUUUGGACUUGUCCCUCAACUCUUUAUCUUUUCAGUUGAGCACACACUGGAUUCCCCCUUUUCAACUCGAUCAUAUCGACUUGAGUUCUUGCAAGUUAGGCCCUCAUUUCCCCAACUGGAUUCAAACGCAGAAAAAUCUUUCCUAUCUUAACAUUGCCAAUUCUAGUAUUUCAGAUACGGUUCCUAUGGGGUUCUGGGACGGGUGGCCGUCUCAACUCAGAUACUUGAAUCUCUCGUUCAACAACAUCAGCGGAGAAGUGGGAGAUUUGUCAUCAAAAUUGGUCCGCUAUUCAGCGAUAGAUUUGAGUUCCAACAACUUUUAUGGCCUGAUACCGAAAGUCCCUUCAGAUCUGGUGUCCUUAAAUCUCUCAAGGAACAAGUUCUAUGGAGGAAUUUCCUUUCUCUGCCAAAUAGUCGAUGGCAUUUUAUCCUUUCUUGACCUUUCUCGCAACUCAUUGAACGGACAAAUUCCCGAUUGUUUAUCUCAUUUCAAGGAACUCAUAAUUCUUAAUCUAGCACAUAACAAUCUCUCUGGAACCAUUCCUACAUCUGUUGGAUCGUUGGUUCAGCUUGAGGUGUUGUAUCUUUGCAACAACAACUUCUCUGGGGAAUUGCCUUUGCUGUUGAAAAAUUGCACCAAGUUGAACUUUUUGUGUUUACGGGGCAAUCGAUUUUCGGGUCAUGUGCCGACCUGGAUAGGAGAAAAUCUUUCGGAGUUGUAUGGCCUUAGUCUAAGAUCAAACAACUUCUUCGGACCUAUUCCUUCACAGAUCUGUCAGCUAGCAAAUCUUCAAAUACUGGAUCUUUCAAAGAACAAACUUAAUGGAACCAUUCCUUCAUGUUUGAAUAAUCUUACUGCCAUGGUUGAGGAAGGAUUGUCACUGGAACAAACCCUGCAUUAUUAUUCACCUGCAUACACAUCAGUAGGUCCCGAUGGGCGUCUAGGAGGUGAUGAUUACAGUAACUAUGUUGACUAUGUGAUGAUCGAGUGGCAAGGAAAUGAACGUGAAUUCAAAAGUAUUAAUUUGGGACUGCUAAAGAGCAUUGAUUUGUCAAGUAACAAUUUAGUUGGAAAAAUCCCAGAUGAAUUAACCGAUCUUUAUGAAAUUCUCGCGCUUAACUUGUCCGGGAAUUCGUUACGGGGGGAGAUUCCACAGAAGAUCGGCGAACUGAAAUCUCUUCUAGUUCUAGAUUUAUCUAGAAACAAUUUUUCAGGAAGGAUACCGUUAAGCAUGUCUGCAAUGAGUUCAAUAAGUUACCUAGACGUGUCGAAUAAUAAGUUAUCUGGGAGAAUACCAUCCAGCACUCAACUCCAAUCCUUUGAUGCUUCAAGGUACGCAGAAAAUGCGGGACUAUGUGGACCUCCCGUUACCCGAAAUUGUCCUGGAGACGAAACACACGAGUUUCCAAAUGUCGGUUUUGAAGAUGGUGUUGAUGAAGAAGACAUGGAUGAAUCUUCAAGAUGGUUUUAUAUCGGUGGGAGCGCUGGAUUUGUUAUCGGAUUUUGGAUUGCAUGUGGCGCUUUACUUCUGAAUCGUCGUGGGAGACACGCAUUCUUCCGAAUGCAUGCCCACACGAUGGACUGGAUUUAUUUGCGUAUGCUGUUGAUCCGUGCGAAUUUGAGGAUUGUAGCUACAGGCACAUAA